UUGAAUUUCAUUUGCGGAAAAUGUCACUGUAAUUAGACAAAAUGUAACGGUAAUUAAAGGCGACGAAAGCUGACAUAUGCAACUGCAAAUGAAGGCGAAACAUAAAUAUUAAGGUCCUACAUAAUUCAGAUAUAUGGAUUUAAAAAAAUCUAAUCGGAAUAAUUCUGAGAAGCAAAACUCGCAGGUGCCAAAGAAGAAACUUAGUAAAGAAGCAAGAAUGAUUCUCCUAAUGGCCAAAGUACGUCAGACACAUGCAGAGGAUCUACAUGAACAAAGUAGUCUUAUUGAAAUGAUUAAACAUACAAGAAACGAUAUAAAAAAGGAACUUAAAAUAAUCAAAGGAAUAGAAGAAGAAACAAAAGAAGUUGAAGAGCCGGUUAUUGAAACAGAUACUAGCAAAAAAAUAAACAUCAACCCUAAUCUUAAGAUUGUUAUACUAAUAAAGAAAAAAGCAAAGCCAAAAGUGGACACUGGACACCAUAAAUCGAUGGAAUCCAAACAUAGUCACUCAAACACAAAUGGAGUUCAGCAUUUGUCAAAACAUAUAAAAAGUGAUGAUGCUUCAAAACAUGAUUUCACGAAAAGACCUCCUUUUAAAUGAUGAUAAAAAUGUUAUGAAGAAAACAACAACCAGAAAAUGUUCGUCUACUAAAACCCGUGAAAACGGGACAGUAUUUGUUAAUGUAUUCCUCGGUCAUUUUGUAGCAUCCCCCCGCUCCCCCCAAUAAAAAUAUACAUGUGACAAUACGCACAAUCACUUACAUUUUCAAAAAACUUCAAACUGAAAGGAUAGGAAAUUUAAAACUUUUAUUCUAUUUAAGAUUUGCAUGCUUUAAACCUGAAAUUUGCUUGUUUCACUUAAGAAUCGAAAAUUAAAACCACGUCAAUUUUGUUAAUAUAAUUACAGUUGUUUGCUACGGAUAAACCUUUUUUUAACUCAUUGUUUAGCUGAAAAUUCGCUACAUGAUCAAAUUAUAAGAAGACAAAAGAUUAAAAUCAGUCUAAACCGUGUAAACGACUGCAAUUACUCGUGCAAAAUCGGGAAUUCGGUAAUGAAAUGUAUGAAUGCCAAACAAGUAGUGAAUAAUGAAAAGCGAUAGCAAGCUAACUUUUCAUUUAAAACGUUUAUUUUAGGAAACAAAUCUCUGUUAUAGAAAUUCACAUACAAAGCUAGUUAAUUUUAGUUUUCAAGCAGUGAGAGAUUUAAUGAAUUUGAUAAAUUGACAAGUUACUAAAAUCUUACAAAAGUAAAGUUGUGCACAUUGGGCAUUAUGCGUACUACAAUGAUCUUUUGUCUCUAAUUAAUUACUGCCGAUGCUAUUUAAUAUCUUUACCAGAUAAUUAUUGUUUUGCAAAUAUAUAACACUAUUACACUUACUUUUCAAUGUGAUACAUAAAUAGAGAUUACUGUUAAAAUUCUAUUUUCU